AUGGUCCAAUUCAAUCUAACCGAAGACCAAAAGGCUUUGCGCGCCAAAGGAGCCAAGGUUGCAAAAGAAGUCCUGACACACGCCUAUGCAGAUUACUCUAAGCACUCUGACCAACUCACGCGGUUUCGAGCAACUCGGCCCUACUACGGCAAGCUAAUAAAAGAGGGAUUACUCAAGGCCUUUAUCCCCAAGGCCGCAGGCGGUGACGCAGAUACCCUCUUGGAGACUGCCUUCCUUCUGGAGGAGCUUUAUGCAGUCGAGUCCAGCAUUGUGAUCCACCUAGUCGGUAGUGCUUUAGGAUUGUUACCUCUGGUUCUUGGCGGCACAGCCGAGCAGCAGGAGAGGUUCUUGAAGCCUUUCCUCUCCGGUGAAGGUGAUCCCCUGGCAAGUCUGGCUCAUUCCGAACCAGGUGGAACUGCGAAUCACCUUGAACAAGGAGGGAAGGGUCUUGGAGUAACUACCAGGAAAGAGGGCGAUUUUUACAUUGUCAAUGGCGAAAAGCUAUGGACCACAAACAGUGCCGGCUGGGACGGCAAAGGAGCAGAACUUACGUGCCUGUGCGCACGGUAUUCUGAGGACGGCCUCUCAGAGAAGUCCGACGUCAACCCUGCAGACAAUUUGAUGGUACUUAUGGUGACUCGAGAGAUUGUGGCUCAAAACACCCCAGAGGCCUUUGAACUUCUCAGCGAACCUGAGCUCUUCGGGCACAUUGCUGUCACUGGUCCUCACACCCGAUACGCCAACUUCAAAGUGCCAGCUGAUCACGUUCUUUUUGCCCCCGGCAAGGCCGGACUAUACAUCGAACAAGCCUUUGGCAUCUCCGGAGCUCUUGUUGGGGCCAUGGCAGUCGGUACCAUGCGCGCCGCUUUCGAAAAGGCACUCAAAUUCGCAAAGAACGACCAUCGCGGCGGAUCCAUGCCCAUUAUCCAAAGACAGAGUCCUGCAGACCUGCUCAUCGGUGCGAAAAUUAAGAUCGAUACUUCCCGAAUGCUCGUAUGGAAAGCACUCGACAGCUUGGACAACGGUCCAGGAGAUGCGAAAUCUCGCUUCGAAUCCUGCCUUACAGCCAAAAUCUACAGCAGUGAUUCAGCAGUCACCUGCGUCUGGGACUGCAUGCAAGUGGUUGGCAUGACCUCGUACGCUGAAAGCGCUGGCUUCUCGCGCCUUCUGGCAGAUGCUGCUGUUUUCCCCUUGUUUGAUGGUGGAAACGUUGGCAUCAGGCGACGCCAGUUCCAAAAACUCAUUUUCUCGUAUUCAAUUAUAUGUCCCUUCAAAGACUUCCCAGUUGAGGCCACCCAAACCAUGAAAGCGGAGGUAAUUAAAUCAUUCAAAGUCAAAUCAAAAUCCGGCGGUCUGGAUCCUGGAUUGCAGCCGACCGGCUCUCGAUACGGGUACACUACCUUUCUCCACUCUGCUCUGAAUAAAUCAGCCCUUGGCCAACCGCGAUCUUGUGUAACCAUUACGAUCACGUUUUCAACACAAUCCGAUUUCUUCGACAACUUCUUCUUAACUUUGAACAAAGCCAUGGAUCCUCAUCUGCAAGUCUUAGUCAACCACUUGGUGAUGAUGGCCACCGUGUUCUCUGCAGUCGUGUUGGCGGUGUCCUUCAUGACGGCGGCUAUCGACAUGCGUGAAGAUAGCAUCACACCACAACCUCAAUGUCCAACAAGACUUAUCUUCUGGCUCCUUCUCUCGAUUAUACAGUCAAUCAUCAUGCUCUUAUGGUUGGCUGGCUGUGUGCUGUUUGUGCCAGUCGCGGUCGUGCAGGCGGCUAUCUAUUGCCCCAUUGCGGUCAUAGGCUUCGUCAUCCAACAGACAAGCGGGCAUCAUUAUGCCGCAGGAGUAGCUUCUAAUAUUUGGGACGCUACUACUAGUUGUGGAGUCGCACCUACAACCCUGAGAAAGCGGUCCCUUGAUGCGACUCUCUGGCUUUCCGGUGGUUUCUGGUCAAGGCGACAGUGUGGGGAUCCCGAAGCACAAGAGCUGAUGAAUAAAUCGCCCAUUCCAGCUUUCGAAACGGCGAACAUAGGAUGUAACUGCGUACUAGAAGGUUGUUGGGACAAGAACUUGCACAGCGUCGAGUGCCAAGCUUUACCAUCUACAGAAGUUUAG